AUGAAACGUCUUAUAGCUCUAUUGGAAGUAUAUGCAAUUCUGUUGAAUUUCUGUGUGAAUUGUGAGAUCACAGUCAUUGAAGUAAAAUAUCCAUUAGAGGGUCAACGAUCACCACCAAAUGCAGUAUGGCCACAUCCACAACAAAUCAAUGCUUCUCUAGACCUACUCUAUAUUCGUCCACAUGACAUAACGAUUUUUUCCAACAUAGAAACUUGUGAUAUCAUCGCGAAAGCGAUAGAACGUUACGAUCCGCUGCUCUUUCCGCCUAAACUGACGAUGCAUGAGCCACCAUCAAGCGCUGACAAUAUUCUACAGAGUGUGUCAUUGAAUAUUCGCGACGGUGGACAAUGUGAACAAUAUAUUCAACCAACAUCCAACGAAACAUAUACUCUCACCAUCUCACAACAGAUCGCCAUCGUCGAAUCCACCACUAUCUGGGGCCUUCUGCGAGGUCUCGAAACCUUCUCACAGCUCGUCUACAUCAAUAAAGACAACUAUGUGGUGAUCAACAGUACAGUGAACAUUGUUGACAGUCCACGAUUUCAUCAUCGUGGUAUCAUGCUGGAUUCAUCACGACACUUUCUACCAGUUCCAAUCAUCAAGAAGAAUCUGGAUGUGAUGUCAUAUAACAAGCUAAAUGUGUUUCACUGGCAUCUGGUUGAUGAUCAAUCGUUUCCAUUCGAAAGUGAAGCAUUUCCAGAGUUGUCUGCAAAGGGAGCAUUUUCAGCAGAUCAUGUAUACACACCAUCGGAUGUUGCUGAUGUGAUCGAACACGCUCGACUACGAGGAAUUCGUGUUAUACCCGAAAUUGACACACCCGGCCAUACGUUUUCUUGGAGUAAAUCAAUGCACGAGUUGAUCACUGUGUGCUGGGCAAACGGAAAACCCUAUCAGGCUAUAUAUGGAGUACAAGGCGAAAUGGAAAUCUUCAAUCCGAGUGUACCGCGUGUCUAUACAGUGAUGGAUACUCUAUUGCGAGAAGUAAAGCGGAGAUUUCCAUCAAAUUAUAUUCAUCUAGGUAUGGACGAAGUUUACGAUAAAUGCUGGCUUUCAAAUCCUAAUAUCAGUCAAUGGAUGCAAGCUGUGAACAUCACAAACGCCAAAGGACUUCACACGUAUUAUGCUGAACGUAUUUUAAAUAUCAUGCGAAACAUCAGUGCUGCGCCAAUCGUUUGGCAAGAUGUUUGGGACGAAAAAGUCGAGUUACCACAAAAUACAAUAGUACAAGUGUGGAAAGAUACCAGUGAUAACAGCGAAUUUGAUACGUGGGCAUCUUACUUGAAUCAAGUGGCAGGUCAAGGGUACAAUGUAAUUCUGUCAAGUCCAUGGUAUCUCAAUUACAUCAGCUAUGGCAAAUAUGAUACAAAUACAUCUGUGAUGAACUUAGAGUUCUUCAAAUAUUAUGAAGUUGAACCAUUGCGUGAAUUUAACGGAUCGGACGAAGCAAAAAAACGCAUUCUUGGUGGCGAAGCGUGCAUGUGGGGUGAAUUUGUUGAUGGCACGAAUUUACUUUCCCGAUUAUGGCCGAAAGCCUCAGCUGUUGCUGAACGCCUAUGGAGUGCUGCGAGUGUGAACAAAUCCGAAGAUGCACAAUUUCGAUUGGAUGUGCAUCGAUGUCGUCUCUUACGACGUGGCAUACCUGCUCAGCCGCUUCUUAAUGGCUACUGUGGAAACUAUGAAUUAGGUAUGGGAAGAUCGAUGAUCAACUAUCCUGCAUUCAACUAUGAAAACUCUAAUUCAAAUGACUCUACAACAACAGCCACAACAGCAACGCUGCCACAGAGUUCGACCGAUAGACCAUCAUCUGCAUCUGGAAUGUUGAGACUUGCCUUUUUCUCGAGCUCUCUCCUGUUCUACUUUGUCACCUACAUCUCAAGUGAAAUCGAAUUUAUUGCUGUACGAUAUCCAUUGCAGGGACAACGAUCACCACCAAAUGCAGUAUGGCCACAUCCACAACAAAUCAAUGCUUCUCUGGAUCUACUCUAUAUUCGUCCAAAUAAACUGACAGUCAAUUCCAAUAUUCGAAAUUGUGACAUAAUUUCAAAUGCAACUCAGCGCUACAACAAACUUUUCUUUCCACCUAAACUGACGAUGCAUGAGCCACCAUCAAGCGCUGACAAUAUUCUACAGAGUGUGUCAUUGAAUAUUCGCGACGGUGGACAAUGUGAACAAUAUAUUCAACAAACAUCCAACGAAACAUAUACUCUCACCAUCUCACAACAGAUCGCCAUCGUCGAAUCCACCACUAUCUGGGGCCUUCUGCGAGGUCUCGAAACCUUCUCACAGCUCGUCUACAUCAAUAAAGACAACUAUGUGGUGAUCAACAGUACAGUGAACAUUGUUGACAGUCCACGAUUUCAUCAUCGUGGUAUCAUGCUGGAUUCAUCACGACACUUUCUACCAGUUCCAAUCAUCAAGAAGAAUCUGGAUGUGAUGUCAUAUAACAAGCUAAAUGUGUUUCACUGGCAUCUGGUUGAUGAUCAAUCGUUUCCAUUCGAAAGUGAAGCAUUUCCAGAGUUGUCUGCAAAGGGAGCAUUUUCAGCAGAUCAUGUAUACACACCAUCGGAUGUUGCUGAUGUGAUCGAACACGCUCGACUACGAGGAAUUCGUGUUAUUCCAGAGAUUGAUACGCCUGGCCAUACGCAUUCGUGGAGUAAAUCAAUGCCUGAGUUGCUGACAGUGUGUUGGGCAAACGGGCGGCCUAAUCAAGCUGUAUAUGGAGUGCAAGGUGAAAUGGAAAUCUUCAAUCCAAGUGAACCGCGUGUUUAUACAGUAAUGGAAAGGUUACUGCGAGAAGUGAAAGAAAAAUUUCCAUCGAAUUAUAUUCACCUAGGAAUGGAUGAAGUCUACGAUAAAUGCUGGUCAUCAAACCCUAAUGUUAGUGCAUGGAUGCAAGCUGUCAACAUCACGAGCACCAAAGGUCUUCAUGCUUACUAUGCAGAUCGUGUACUGAACAUAAUGCGUAAUAUUGAUUCGAUACCAAUUGUUUGGCAAGAUGUCUGGGAUGAACAAGUGGAAUUACCAACUGGUACUAUCAUUCAAGUAUGGAAAGGAGGAGCUGACAAUUCAUGGGCGUCGUAUUUGAAUAAUGCUGCUAAACAGGGAUACAAUGUUAUCCUUUCAACUCCUUGGUAUUUAAAUUAUAUAAGUUACGGCAAAUAUAAUACGAAUACAUCUGUGAUGAAUUUGGAAUUUUUUAAAUAUUAUGAAAUCGAACCGUUGAUGAAAUUUACAGGUACUGAAGAAGAGAAAAAACGUAUUCUUGGCGGUGAGGCAUGUAUAUGGGGUGAAUUCAUCGAUUCUACUAAUGUUUUAACAACCCUAUGGCCUCGAGCAUCAGCUGUCGCUGAACGAUUGUGGAGCGCUGCGACUUUGAACAAUUCUGAAGAUGCGCAAUUCCGAUUGGAUGUGCAUCGAUGCCGCCUAUUGAGACGAGGAAUACCAGCUCAACCGAUUCUGAAUGGUUAUUGUGGAAAUUAUGAAUUAGGUAUGGCCAAAUCGAUGAUCAAUGAUCCAGUAUUCAAUUAUGAUGAAUCGGUUUGGGUCGACGUGAUCAUAACGACGGCACAACCAAGUUCAACCAAAUCAACUACACCCAAUAUUGCGUCACCAAUACAUACAUUUACAUCUGUCGGUUUAUUUGUAAUAACAGAACUGCUUUUCUUGACUAUCAUCUUUUCAUAA